AGGCUGGGCCAAACGGUCUGGGGUUCGCGUAUAAAACUCAACCUUCAGUUCAGCCGUCUCAUCAUUCUGAAUAAACACAGAGCCCGUUAUAGUGAGACAAGAUGCUCGGAAGCGAGGUAUGGACGUGCUUUAUCUUCUACAGCACGCUUUUAAUCUUGAAGAUGUACAUCAUAGCUAUCGUCACUGGACAAGUAAGACUUCGGAAAAAAGCAUUCGCGAACCCUGAGGACGCUGAAAGGCACGGAGGUAUGCAGUAUUGCCGCACUGAUCCAUACGUGGAGCGCUGUCUGAGGUCACAUCGCAAUGACAUGGAGAACAUCUUCCCAUUUUUAUUUCUAGGGGCCGUUUAUUCCAUGACUGGCCCCUCCUAUGCAGUAGCACGAAUUCACUUUCUGGUUUUCUUCCUGGGUCGAGUUCUUCACAGUGUGGCAUACCUUUUGGCACUUAAAGCGCCGACCCGUUCAUUCGCCUACGUCAUCGCUCAGGUGCCUUGUGUUUCCAUGGCGAUACAAAUACUCAUGGAUGUAGCCUCAUUUGCGUAACCUGGCCCAUGGCUUUCUGUGAUCGGUCAAGACUUUUCAUCUGUUACAACUGUGAUGCAGGGUGCUGCUUUGAUGAUUAAUGUCAUCCAUUCCCUCAACAAUUGUAUACAUUUUUAAGACUUACAGUAUGAUGGCUCACGACAGUGAAUAACUAGAAACAGACAAACGCUUGGUCAGAAUGGAAAGAAAGUGUUACCAUCCAAAUGAAGGUUAUUUAAUGUCAUCCUAUGAUGUUUCUGAAACUACGAGGUUUGCAUGUACUUUUUAAUAUUUAUAUAUUUGCUACAAAAUGCCUUAUUUUUCUUUAUUGGACAUGAAGGCAUGAAUUCAUACCUCCAGUCAAUAGUUACAGUGAGCACCAUAUUUCCAGUUUCUGGCUGCAACGUUUAUGCAAGCAAUAACUGAUUAAAAAAAGAAAGAUUUUUGGAAAGAGCCAGUGGCAGAUCUGUAGUUAGCUGUGGGUGUACAGCAUCAAUAAACCCAUUUGAGCUCCACUAUAGAUGAGAGACUCAACAAAGCCCAGGCUUUACAGAAUUACCGUAGCGUUAAACUAAUGCUGUUGAGUAGACACGGCCCUUCUUAUUAGUCUGCCAGGCUUAGGGUUUAUGCCAGGCUUUUAUUCAUUUCUAGCCCAGCCUCCAAUUCACAGCAGUGUGCUGUGGGCUGUUUUCAUGAACUCUACAUACAGAACAGAAUGCUAAGCCUGUGAAACAAAAAUGAGCUGUUGAAUUAAGUAAACAAACCUUUAGGUCAAGAUUUUGGUAAUUUGUCACACAGCACAAUAUUUUUGUAUUUGAAAAGAUGAAAUGCUUGAAAGAGGGAAAGACAGAAAGAGAACAAGGGAAGGGGACGGCUCUGUAAUAAUGCCAAACAUGCAAUUAUAACAUAGCAGAUCUAUUGUUACUUUCCUGUGCUAAAAGGAAAUUGAAAAGAAUGGCAGGAAUGGAUGAGUGACUGGGAAAAUAGCUGUGUGUAUGAGAGAGAGAGAGAGGAAUGUUAUUAGCAAACAAUUGAUUUAAACUAACAGAAAUGCAAAGAGUACUUAACAAACUUCCAGUUUCUUUGGAGUUUGUGUGCAUUUGUGAUUUAAGAUAAAUAUGCCAGGGCUGUGGAAAUGAUCUCACGAGACAAUGAAUGGAAGUGUGUGGGUUAAGUACGCAUGUAAACCUACAUUCUCAUAUGAAACAUGCCCGUGCUUGUCAAUUUCUCUGACUGUAAGCGUGAAUGUGUGUUUCGUCAACAAACUGCUGAGA